AUGAGUACCAACCCAGUUGAAACUUGGCAGACAAAGGCCGAGCUGCCAAGACGAAUGCGCGAUGAGUCGUUGGCCCAGGUCCAACCUCCGCUGACUGGCAUCCCUGAGCCCCUACCGUUGAACUGUCAGGGUCUUCCCAAGCUUGUUCUCACCCCUCGGGAGCUGGAACUUACUGAGUCCUACUCUGUAGAGCAAUUGCUCGCUCAACUCCACAGUCGAAAACUCUCGUCCGAGGAGCUCACAAGGGCGUUCCUCCGCCGAGCCGCGCUUGCACAUGUAGUCACAAACUGCCUCACGGAACUACUAUGGGACGAUGCUAUUGCACGCGCUCGUUACCUGGAUUCUUUGCCCGAACCCAUCGGUCCCUUGCACGGACUGCCCAUCUCCAUCAAGGAGCAUCAGGGAACACUGGGCAAGAACAAGACAUCCAACGCCUCUUAUGUCUCCUACAUUGGGAAACACCAGGGCUCGACGCUUUUGUGCGAUAUCCUUUGGAAUGCAGGGUGUGUUCACUUUGCCCGCACAACGCAGCCACAGGCAAUCAUGCAUCUGGAGACAGAGAGCAACAUUUACGGACGAACUGUGAACCCUUACAACAGAGAUCUGACGCCUGGUGGAAGCAGCGGCGGCGAAAGCGCGCUUCUCGGUAUCCGAGGCAGUCUUUUUGGAGUUGGCGGAGACAUUGGCGGAAGCAUCCGAGUUCCAGCUGCUCAUGUUGGAGUUUAUGGUUUCAAGCCAUCCGCACAGAGACUGCCUAUCGCUGGUGGGACCGGCCACAUGUUUGGACGGGAGUGUAUUCUCGCCACCAACGCCCCGAUUACGGCGGAUCGGGACUCCCUUGAGCUAUUCAUGAAGACUGUGGUUGAUGCACAGCCGUGGCGCCUGGAACCCUCGGUUCGAUAUCAGCCCUGGGUACCCUACAAGUUCACUAAGCCCCUCAAGGUUGCCGUUCAGUGGUGGGAUGGCGUGGUGAGGCCACACCCGCCGGUGCUUCGUGCUCUCCGCGAGGUCGCCGACGCUUGCAAGAAGGUAGGCAUGAAGGUUGUUGACUGGGACUGUGGGUCGUUGGAUCAUGCGCGGGGAUGGGAGGUUCUCUCUGGAUUGUUCUACCCGGAUGGUGCAAAGGAGGUGCUCGGGUUGAUCAGAGAUGCCGGUGAGCCACUGCUGCCGUUGACCAAGUUCAUCACCGAGGAGCAAGCCCACGUGAAGGAGCGUACAGUUCAAGAGCAAUGGAAGCUUGUCACCGAACGUGAGGCUUACAGAACAGCCUACGCUCGCCACUGGUCCAGCACGGCCGAUGAGGAUGGCCAGGAGGUGGACGUUAUUCUCUGUCCACCGGCCUUUGGAACUGCGCCGCCCCAUGGGCAGUCCCGCUACUGGGGUUACGCCGCCAUCUGGAAUCUCCUCGACUAUCCCGGAGCUGUCUUCCCAGUUACCACCGUUGACCCUGAAAAGGAUGUGAAAGAUCUCAGCUAUGAGCCACGUAAUGCAGAAGAUCAGUUUGUACAUGAAUUGUACAAUGCGGAACAAUAUGCGGGCCUUCCAGUGAGUCUGCAGGUUGUCGGACGUCGCCACAUGGAUGAGAAGGUCCUCGCUGCAGUGAAGGAAAUCGAGCUUGCCCUGGGACGUAUAUAG